UUGUGUUUUGGUCGCUGUCUUCUCAUUAGCGAGAGAUGAAGUGGUCAGUUAGGCGGCCUGACUAAACCGUCUGUGCUCUUUAGCACGCCGACUCCAGCUCGACUCUGAGACUCCUGAACGAAGAAACAGCGUCAGCGGCGACAAAGAGCCAUGAGGAGAGGGAGCUGUGACGACAUUGCGGCAUCAAUAAGCCCCCAACUCAAGAUCCUGGCCCGACGUCGGCGCUCAGCUCCUUCCCUGAUUCUGGGCAGAGCCUUCAACAAGCCGUGGCCGUCCAUCAGAGAGAGCCCGCCGUGCCCCGUUUCUGCUGACCAGAGUCCUUUCGUUUUGGGCCUGACAAACGAGGAUGCUGAACUGAUUGCCGAUGCUUGUGUGCAGCUCACCGAGGGCUUAAAAACGAAAGAGAAGCACUUGUUCCUGUUCAGCGAUGUACUUGUUAUCGCCAAGCUGAAAUCCAACAUGAGUUUCAGACUGAAGCACAAAAUAAAUCUGUGUGACUUGUGGAUCGAUUCGUGUGACGACGAGAUCUGUGGCAUCUUCAUCGACCCGAGGACUUCAUUGGUCAUUGCCUGGCCAAUCACUGUCUGCAUUGUUUCUUUCAGCCAUUCAGUGUCUGUUGCCAAAUAUGGAUGA